CUUUCAAGGUACCAACCACCAAAAUCUUUCACAUUUCUCCUUACUUUAGUCCUAAAACCAAACCCUAGAAACCAAAAAAUGGAAGAAGCCCUAAGGAACUUCACCGAAUCUACCCACUCACCCGACCCAAAUCCUUUCACGAGAAACUUCACUGAUGCUACAGCUUCACCAGUUAGCCGCAACCGCAAACCGUCUUCAAAAGAUACCACAGUAACCAUCGCCGGAGUUGGCAGCAGCACGACGAGGUACCGCGGCGUACGCCGGAGGCCGUGGGGACGAUACGCGGCGGAGAUACGUGACCCGAUGUCAAAGGAAAGACGGUGGCUCGGAACAUUUGACACGGCGGAGCAAGCCGCUUGUGCUUACGACUCCGCGGCUCGUGCCUUUCGUGGAGCUAAGGCUCGUACCAAUUUUGCUUAUCCGACAGCUGUCAUUAUGCCUGAACCAAGGUUUUCCUUUUCUACCAAGAAAUCUCUGCCGUCCGCUCGUUGUCCUCUUCCUUCUCUACCGUUAGAUCACUCUACCCAGGACUUUCUUGGUGCACCGGCAGCGCAGAGGAUCAAUACACAGUCUAUCUUCUUACGUGACGCCUCGUGUUCCUCUCGUAAAACGACUCCGUAUAACUCUUUCAACGGCUCAUCAUCUUCUUACUCAGCACCAAAGACGGCAUGCUUUUCAUCUUCCGAAAACGAAAACAACGAGUCGUUUUUCCCGGAAGAAUCUUCUGAUUCUGGUCUUUUACAAGAGGUCGUUCAAGAGUUCUUGAAGAAAAAUCGCGGCACUCCUCCUCCGCCACCAACACCACCGCCGGUGACCAGCCAUACCCAUAACUCUGGUGAUUUCUCUGCUCUCACUCUCUACUCUGACAAUAUGUUUCAAGAGACGAAGGAGUCCCUCUCGUCGAAACUAGAUCGCUACGGGAAUUUCCAAGCUAAUGACUCCGGUUAUUUCGACGGCGUAAGCGCCGCCGCAGUCGGUGGUUCAACGUACGGAUCAAACGAGUGGGGGUAUCAAGAAAUGUUGAUGUACGGAACUCAGUUAGGCUGUACUUGCCGGAGAUCGUGGGGAUAGCUAGAUCUUCAUCAUGAUUAUGUUUUGAGUCUUGGUACUAUCUACAUAGUUUAAAGUUUUCUUCCUUUCCCAAUGUUGGAUAUUAACUAAAAAUAUGUUUAAGAU